AUGGAUAGAGUUACGUCAUUUAUAUCUGAUUACUUCCCCAAACUCCCCAACCAUGUAAUAUUGGAGGUAUUGAGCUAUUUGCCUGCAAGCUACAUAACCGAGUUCAUGAUGAAAUGGAAUAAUGAAAUAUCAGACUUGAUACUAGAGGAGUAUUUUUCCAAGGAGAUGCACCUAAUGUUGUCCCCCACGUAUUUUCCUCAUAGAUGUAAGUACCCAGAGCAUAUAAAAAGGCUAGUUGAUUUUGAAAGUUUUGGAGAGAUCGACGAGUUUUUGAGCGAGUUCCCCAACGUCAACCCCAAACGGUUGGUUUUCAUAACGGGGGGAGAUUUCCGCUCUUUGGAGCAAUUAUUAAUAGCCUAUCGUGAACGAUUUAUUGGUAAAUCAUGUGAGAUUGAUCUAUAUAUUGAACGAUAUGAGCUUGAUGAUAAGGAUUUGGAGUUGAUCACAUCAUUUCCUAAUGUAAGGAAAUUGCAGUUCUCGCGGGCUGCAAUGACAAAAGCUUUAGGGGGAUUAGUGAAACAUCUUCAGAAACUCCUGAAUCUUCAAGAGCUUGUUUUUCUUGGGCAUAAGAUUAUUGAUUGGUCUCAAAUAAAACUCCCACCUAACCUUAAGCAUCUCGACAUAUCGUGGUAUGAGCAUCUCAAUAUUAAUACCAUUAGUAUACCGAAUUCUGUUACAGACUUAUUCUGGAAUAGGUCGGGCUUGGAUAGUGAGAAACUAGCUAGGCAAACCUUUCCUUCUCAUUUAAAGACCUUAAUGCUCACAUAUAAUAAUUUAACAUCUAUUGAUGUAUCUAAAUUACCAACGACGUUAGAAACGAUUGAUUUGCUGUACAACAGUAUUAACAGAUUCAUUUCCACUUCAUCCAAUAAUGCAUGGCCCGCAAACUUGAAAUCGAUCUUAUUGUCACAUAAUGAUAUGACUAAUUUUGGUCUACAGAUGCUUUCAGAGUUGGUUUGGCCGUUCGACUUACAAAACUUGAGGCUCGAUAAUAACCGAUUCACGAGCUUAGAUGAUUUAAAAUAUUUACCAGACCGGUUAGAGUACUUAGAUUUAUCAUUCACCCCACUUGCAUCACUAGACAUUUCAUCGGGUGACUCGACGUUGCACGGCCAGUCUAGUUUCAAGUUCCCUGAAUUUCUAGAUACCUUGCAUCUUUCCAAUUGUUAUCGUCUAGAUUUUUCCGUAUACCUGGCUACAGAAAGAAUCACCUUUCCUUCCUACUUGACGUCUCUAAACCUUGACGAUUGCAACAUCACGGAUUUGCUGGUAUUCGAGUUCCCCAAGUCUAUCAGAAAACUAUCCAUAUCUGGUAACAAGAUCGAGGACCUCACGUUGUACAACAUGACCGUUGAUGAAGGAAAUGGUCCGAAACAAGUUGUAAAUUGGAACCAAUUGGUAAACCUAGUUGACCUAGAAUUAUACCUCAACAAGAUACAGUCUUUGGACGCGUGGGAAGUCCCUCCUGCUUUACGAAAUUUAGACAUAAGACUCAAUUUCAUCUCACAUAUCUCGACAAAAUCACCGCUUUUCUCAUCGCACCACUCCCAAUCUACAAACAAUUUGCAUGUGUUGAAAUUAAGUGACAAUAACAUCAAGACAAUUGCAUACGAUAUCUCUAUACCUCCCAAUCUUAAAGUCCUCCUCUUGGACAGAAACCAUUUGGUAGACGAAUUCAUAUUUCCUCAUAGUUUUGUCAAUAGUCACUGUCUUGAAGAACUAGGCUUAAGCAUGUGCGGUCUUCGUAAGCUUACACUCAAGCCGAUGUCUACACCUAAUAGCCAAUUGAAGAAAUUGGACCUUACUGAUAACUAUCUUCUUUACGAUGUCUCAGAUAUUCGACAAUCCAUAAAUGAGUUUUACGAUACCUUAGAACUAGGCUUGGGUGUCAAAAUAUCCAAAAGAAAGUUUCGUGUCAAUAGUGUACAUACUUUUGUUUGA